AUGGGUUUCAAUUCACCUGCAGUUCAACACGGUCAUCCGGAUUUGGACAUGGGCUUUCAUUCACCUCCGGUUCAACAGGGUUUCAAUUCACCUCCGGUUCAACACGGUCAUCCGGAUUUGGACAUGGGCUUUCGUUCACCGGUUCAACAUCAUGAUCCGGACCAGAGGUCUUUAGACAUGGGCUUUCAUUCACCUCAGGCUCAACAUCAUGAUCCGGACCAGAUGUCAUUAGACAUGGGCUUUUAUUCACCUCCAGUUCAGCAUCGUGAUCCGGACCAGAUGUCAUUUGACAUGGGUUUUAAUUCGCCUGUGGUUCAACAUGAUCAUCUGGACCAGAGGCCUUCCGGUGUUGAUCCGGUUGAUAUUCCGGAUCAGUCAAUGGGUCUUCAAUCGGAAGAGACACCUUUCGACAUGGGCUUUGGGACAGAUCCGGCACAUGAUCUUGCCCAUCAAUCGAAUAUUCAACCGGAAGAGACCCCUUUGGAGAUGGCUAGUGAACCGGAACCUAUCGGAUUUGUGAUUCAGCGUGCUGUAGGUGACUUGCGCUUGGCAAUGCACUGGUUGGAGAUGGAAAGGGCUCAUGGUACAAUGUCUCCGGAAGAAGCACUUGUCAGUGAGGAAGUUCUUCAGUCCACUAGUGAGUUAUUAUUAGCAUUUCAACUUAUAUCAAUAUACCGACUGUCGACAUGA